ACCACAACACUACACAAAAAGGAACCUUUUUCCUAAAAAAGGCUGUGAGCUAUCGUUUCCUUAAGGUUCAGGUGUCGUUUAGGUCUUUUAUCUCGAACAGUUUAGAAGAGACGGAACAGGAGAAGGUCAAAAUGAAGAUUUGGGGAAGCAUAAGAUUGAUGUUUAUGAACGCGGACGGUGUGGACUGGAUGUUGAUGGGAUUAGGAUUAAUAGGAGCCAUUGGUGAUGGCUUCAUCACUCCUAUUAUGUUUUUCAUCACCGGCUUACUACUGAAUGACAUAGGUGGUUCUUUCAAUGAUGUAACCUUCAUGAAAGCCGUCACCAAGAAUGCUGUAGCUAUGCUUUCUGUGGCUGGUGCAUCUUGGGUGGUCUGUUUCCUCGAAGGAUAUUGCUGGACAAGAACAGGGGAGAGACAAGCAGCAAGAAUGAGAGAAAGAUACUUGAAAGCAGUGUUGAGACAAGAUGUGGUUUACUUUGAUCUUCAUGUGACAAGCACUUCUGAUAUUACGAAAAGUGUUUUCAGUGACAGCCUCGUCAUCCAAGACGUCCUCAGUGAAAAGUUACCGAACUUUUUGAUGAGUGCAUCUGCGUUUGUCGCAAGCUACAUAGUGGGUUUCAUCACGCUGUGGAGACUCACAAUCAUAGGCUUCCCGUUCAUCGUUCUCCUCUUGAUCCCUGGACUGAUGUACGGACGAGCCGUCAUCAGCAUCACAAGAAAAAUACGGGAAGAGUACAACGAAGCUGGAUCUAUUGCAAAGCAAGCCAUCUCUUCGGUGCGAACCGUCUACGCAUUUGGCAGUGAGACUAAGUUGAUUGCUAAAUUCUCAGCUGCCCUUCAGGGCUCAGUGAAACUAGGGCUGAGACAAGGGCUAGUUAAGGGAAUCACCCUCGGAAGCAAUGGUAUCAUCUACGCCAUUUGGGGGUUCAUGACUUGGUACGGAAGUCGGAUGGUUAUGUACCAAGGCGCCAAAGGCGGUAACAUCUUUGCAGUCAUUAUGUGCGUUACCUCUGGCGGCAUAUCACUUGGUCGAGGUUUGUCGAAUCUCAAAUAUUUUUCAGAGGUGGUCGUGACAGGGGAAAGGAUUACCAAAGUGAUAAAAAGAGUUCCGGAUAUUGAUUCGGACAACUUGGAAGGUCAAAUACUAGAGAACUUCAAAGGAGAAGUCCACUUUAACCAUGUGAAAUUCAUGUACCCCUCUAGACCUGAAACCCCAAUCUUUGAGGAUUUAUGUUUGAGAAUUCCAUCUGGAAAAACUGUGGCUCUGGUUGGUGGAAGCGGGUCGGGAAAAUCAACUGUGAUAUCACUUUUGCAGAGGUUCUAUGACCCAGUCGCAGGAGAGGUUCUCAUUGAUGAUGUGCCCAUUAAUAAGCUGCAGGUGAAGUGGUUGAGGUCGCAAAUGGGUCUAGUCAGCCAAGAGCCAGUGCUCUUCGGCACAUCUAUAAGGCAAAACAUUUUAUUUGGUAAAGAAGAUGCGUCUAUGGAUGAAGUAAUGGAAGCUGCAAAGGCCUCAAAUGCUCAUGCUUUUAUCUCUCAGUUCCCUCAUGGUUGCAAUACCCAGGUUGGAGAGAGAGGAGUGGUAAUGUCAGGAGGUCAGAAGCAGAGGAUCGCAAUUGCACGUGCGAUAGUCAAAUCACCAAAAAUUCUCCUUUUAGACGAGGCAACAAGUGCACUGGACUCAGAAUCAGAGAGGGUAGUCCAAGAAGCCUUGUACAAUGCCUCUGCUGGCCGUACAACUAUUGUUAUAGCACACCGCCUCUCUACUAUACGUAAUGCUGAUGUUAUUUGUGUAGUCCAUAAUGGUCGCAUUGUAGAAACUGGAUCACAUGAAGAGCUCAUGGAGAAUUUGGAUGGUCACUAUACUUCUCUAGUUCGCUUGCAACAGAUGGAGAAUGAAGAAUCCGAUGGCCGCAUUGUAGAAACUGGAUCACAUGAAGAGCUCAUGGAGAAUUUGGACGGUCACUAUACUUCUCUAGUUCGCUUGCAACAGAUGGAGAAUGAAGAAUCUGAUGUUAACAUCAGCGUAAGGGUGCAAGGGGGUCAAUUAUCGAUUUUGAGAAAAUAUUUGAAGUAUAGUCCAAAACUUUCUUUUAUCGAUAGCAGGUCUAACUGGUUAACUAAUUCAAGCGAUGAUUCGAUUCUUUCUGGUUCGAUGCAUAAGGAUAAGAAGACGCAUGUACCAUCGUUUAAGAGAUUGAUGAAAAUGAAUAGACCAGAAUGGAAACAUGCACUGUCUGGUUGCUUAAGUGCAGCUUUAUAUGGGGCCGUACAACCACUAAACGCAUAUGUAGUGGGAUCGAUGGUGUCAAUGUAUUUCCUAACGAGUCAUGACGAGAUCAGGGAGAGAACAAGAAUCUACGUGUUGGUUUUUGUUGGUCUAGCUCUGUUUGUUUUCUUGACUAAUAUCGUUCAACAUUAUAGUUUUGCUUACAUGAGCGAAAACCUAACAAAACGUAUCCAAGAAAAGAUGCUCACAAAGAUGUUGACCUUUGAACUCAAUUGGUUCGAUGAAGGCGAGAACUCCGGUGGUGCAGCUUGCUCAAGACUUGCAAAAGAAGCUAACUUGGUGAGGACACUGAUUGGUGAACGGGUGUCAUUUUUGGUACAAACCAUAUCGGGAGUGGCUAUAGCUUGCGCACUUGGUUUGGUCAUCGCUUGGCGAUUAGCCAUUGUGAUGAUUGCGGUGCAACCACUUGUUGUUGUGUGUUUCUACACUCAACGCUUUCUGCUCAAAAGCAUGUCCAAGAAAGCAACUAAAGCCCAAGACGAGAGUUGCAAACUGGCCACAGAAGCUGUCUCCAAUAUUCGAACCAUCAUAGCUUUCUCGUCACAGGAACGGAUUCUGAAAUUACUCGAUAUGGUCCAAGACGGUCCGCGGAGAGAAAGUGUUCGCCAAUCGUGGCUAGCAGGAAUUGUGUUGGGGACUUCGCGAAGCCUUUUAGCGUGCACUACGGUUUUGAAUUACUGGUAUGGUGGAAGGCUAAUAGCAUAUGGAAAAAUCGUGGCAAAAGCAUUCUUUGAGAUGUUUAUGAUCUUCGUGAGUACGGGCAAGGCUAUUGCAGACGCUGGGACCAUGACUACCGAUCUAGCCAAGGGCUCGGAUGCAGUUGAAUCUGUGUUUGCAGUGUUGGAUCGAUGUACAACCAUUGAGCCGGAGGAUCCAAAUGGGUAUCUUCCGGAAAAGAUAAAGGGACUAAUCAGCUUUGUCAAUGUGGACUUUGCUUACCCCACUCGACCAAAUGUGGUAAUAUUCAAGGACUUUUCCAUUGAGAUAGAGGAAGGAAAGUCGACAGCUAUUGUAGGUCCGAGUGGUUCAGGUAAGUCGACAAUAAUUAGUUUGAUCGAGCGGUUCUACGACCCUUUAAAGGGUUCUGUGAGAAUCGAUGGCCGUGAUCUGAAGUCGUAUAAUUUGAGGUCUCUUCGUCAACACAUAGCUUUGGUUAGCCAAGAGCCAGCUUUAUUCGCCGGGACUAUCCGAGAAAAUAUCAUGUACGGAGGAGGAGCAUCUGAAAACAUCGACGAGUCGGAGAUCAUCGAGGCGGCAAAGGCAGCAAAUGCUCACGAAUUCAUCACAUCACUAUCGAACGGCUACGACACAAACUGCGGAGACAGAGGAGUACAGCUAUCGGGUGGGCAGAAACAGAGGAUCGCGAUAGCUCGUGCGGUUUUGAAGAACCCGUCCGUGCUGCUCCUCGAUGAAGCAACGAGUGCUUUGGACAGCCAGUCUGAGCGCGUGGUCCAGGACGCACUCGUGCGAGUGAUGGUGGGGAGGACGAGCGUAGUGAUCGCGCAUAGGCUUAGCACGAUCCAGAACUACAACGUGAUCGCGGUUUUGGACAAAGGGAAAGUAGUUGAACGUGGAAACCACUCGUCCUUGUUGGCAAAGGGUCCCACGGGAGCUUACUUCUCAUUGGUCAAUCUCCAAAGAAAUCUCUUUUGACUGUCAAGAUGCCGUUUUGCUUUUUCUCAAAAACAGAAAGAAGAUAAAGUAAAGAAA